AUGGACAUCGAAGCAAAACUCACAAGCAUAGCACAGGUCACCAACCAAAAGGACAAGAUCAAGGGCUACCAGGACCUCGUUGCAUCCAUCCUCAACACUGCAUCAACAAGUGGCGAGGACGAGACCGAGCUCCGUCUCGAACAGUUCAUCAAUGCCGCCACUGAGGAUUCCGUCGGUCUUGUCGUCUCGCGUCAGGUCCUGUCAGACGUCACCGCGGCCAUUGACGCCACCACUCACCUCUCCUCCGACAGCAAGUCGCGCAUGUACAAGCAUGCCCUUGAUAGAGUCCAGAGCAGAGUCGUCUCCUUUGAAGAGCAGGUGUCGGCUAUCAGGAUGCAUUUGGCGACAAUAUACGAGAGCGAGGAGGACUGGGCAGAGGCUGCUCAGGUCUUGAUGGGCGUCCCCUUGGACUCUGGUCAUCGUAUUGUGCCCAACGAGUUCAAGAUUGAGAUUUACAUCCGCAUUGUGCGCUUGCUCCUGGAGGACGAUGAGGCAGGUAUGGCUGACACUUACCUCAACCGUGCUGCGGUCCUGAUGCGGGACACCAAGGAUAUCAACCUCCAGUUGACCUUCAAGCUUUCACAGGCCAGAAUUGCAGAUUUCAAGAACAACUUCUUGAAGGCCAGUUCGCAGUAUCACGAGAUCAGUUACAUCCAGGAGAUUGACAUUGACGAGCGUCUCCAGACUCUGUCUGCGGCUGUGGUGUGUGCUGUGUUGGCGCCUGCUGGACCUCAGCGUUCUCGUAUGUUGGCAACACUCUACAAGGACGACCGCUCUCAACGCCUCCCACAUUUCUCGAUUCUUGAAAAGAUGUAUCUCGAUCGCGUCCUCAGGAGUAACGAAGUUCAAGAGUUUUCAACCACAUUGAGACCCCAUCAGUUGGCGCUUUUGGCUGACAACACCACAGUCUUGGACCGUGCUGUCAUUGAGCACAACUUGCUGUCGGCGUCCAAGAUUUACAACAACAUCUCGUUCGAGGAGCUAGGCGCGUUGUUGGGAGUCAAGCCCGAGCAAGCCGAGGCUCGUGCUAGCAAGAUGAUGAUGGAAGGACGCAUGUCGGGAAGCAUUGAUCAAAUUGAGCGCCUCAUCUUUUUCGACCGUACACAGAGUAUCCAGUCGCGACUUGGCGGUACUGGCGGAAAGGGAGGUUCGGGAGCCGGUGGAUCAUCAGGAGGAGCAACUGCUGGUGGUUCUGGAGGAGAGACUGCUGCUGCUGGCGCGAUCGAUGAGGAGGAUGAGCAGGAUCUGAGUGGACAUGAGGCGCCUAUGUUGUCGACGUUAUGGGAUGCCAGUAUCCAGGAUCUCUGUGGCCAUGUAGAAGAGCUGGUGGGCAUUAUUGGCGCCAAGUACCCUGACUAUGUCGCCACGAAGAUUGCCAUGUAA